GCUGCACGACCUUGUCAUUUAGCACAGAGAGAAACACAGAGCACUCAGGAAGAAGAGUCUCCAUCUGCAGGGAACAACAGGACAACCUGAAUUUAGCCUGAAAAAACAACAGAACGGGACAGAAAGAGAGAGUGCUGUGAUCAGAGGAGGAGCUGCUGUCCCAGGGCUGGCCCCUGCUUUGCAGCAGCUCCGUGCACAGGCGUGUGCGAGUGUGUUUGUGUGUAUGUGAGGACGUGAUGAGAGCACGGGGAGAGGCUGAGGCUCGGGGAGGAGCGAGCAGAAUCGGCAGAGGAAUCUUGGGUCUCGUUGAGGCGCAGGCAGCCUGCUGGAGCAAAGGACUCGAUUAAACGGGACAAAACUCACACACUCGCUGGUAGAGUGUAUUUUCCCUCUGACCGAGUAGUGGGGGCAACUUUGGGUCUUUUUUUUUUUUUUUUUUUUUUUAUAAUCUCUAUCCACUGAGCAGCUGCAUAAAGGACCAGCAUCAUCAGCACCAUGAGUCGAUGGCUUAAAUGCACCUCCCUGUACUUUAACACCGACUGGAAUAAGUAUGAUGACAGGCUGAUGAAGGCAGUAGAAAAAGGAGAGGUGGACAAGGUGACAGCCGUCCUCAGUAAGAAAGGCAUCAUCCCCACCAAACUAGAUGUAGAGGGCCGCUCUGCUUUCCAUCUUGCUGCAUCCAGAGGACAUUUGGAUUGCCUUAGUGUCAUCCUCCUCCACGGUGUUGAUGUCACAGCCAAUGAUGCCACAGGAAAAAAUGCUUUACACUUAGCAGCCCGGAAUGGACAUUCGUUGUGUGUGCAGAAGCUUCUACAGCAUAACUGCCCUGCUGGAAAUGUGGACCUGCAGGGAAAAACAGCUCUGCAUGAUGCUGUCAUGGCCGGCUGUUCGUCCAGUGUUAAGCUGUUGUGUGACAGUGGGGCUUCGGUCAACGCUAGUGACUUUGACGGAAGAACUCCAUUGGUUCUGGCCACUCAGAUGUGUCAUCCACGUAUCUGUCAGCUCCUGCUGGAUAGAGGGGCUGACAUCCGAGUGCGUGACAAGCAGAACAAAACCGCCUUGAUCCUGGGCUGUGAAUUUGCCUGUAAAGAUGCUGUAGAGGUUUUGUUGAAGAGCGGAGCUGAUGUCACUGCCGUCGACAGCUCCGGCCAUGACAGCUAUCACUAUGCUCGACUCAGCAAAAACCAUGAGCUCAUCAACCUGAUCAAGAGCUAUCUGGAUAACAUAAAAGCCAAAGAAGCCAGCAAAGUGGAGCUGAAGAAGAGACAGGAUCUUGAGAAGCAGAAUGAAAGCCAACAGGAGACACUGAAGAAGUACCAUCAGGAACAGAGGGCGCUAAUGGACAAAGUCAAUAUUCUGCAACAUCAGCUCAGUCAGGAGAAGUCUGUGGUGGAGGACUUUCACAAAGAGAGGGAGCAUCUGAAGCGCAUGCUGUCUGCCAGAGAGAAAGAGACCACAGCUCCUGAGACUGUGAAGGUUCAGCUCCGGAGCCAUCUGGGAGAUUACAUGGGCCAGUCUGUGAUUAAAGGGAAAGAAACUGUUCUUGUCAGACAAGGUCAAAGCCUAGAUUCAGCUCAGGUUUUGCAGCCUUCUGUUCCAUCACGUUCCAUAUCCCGGCCCUUAGAGCUCUCUCACCCAGUGAUCUCAGCCCCUAACGAGGUGGAGAUGUUACGUCAGGAGCUAAAGUCCACACGUAAGCAGCAGGAGGCUGCACAGGAAGAAGUAGAACGCCUCCAGGCAGCACUCACACGAAAGUCCAAGGAGUGCGAAGAGCUCGUUCAGAGUCGUGACUCCACAAAAAGAGAAGCAGAUCGGCAGAUUCAGGAACUAGAGGGGGCAUUGGGAGACGUCCAAAAGAGGAUGCUGGACUCUGAAUCUAAGGUCAAGCAGCUACAGCAACAUGUGAUCACAGUAAAGGAGCAUCUCGGCAACCAAAUGUUAGAUGACCUCAAAGCUCAGCUGAGUGAGGUCAAGGUUAAAUAUGAAGGUGCUUCAGCUGAGGUCGGUCGGGUCAGGAAUCAUUUGAAGCAGAGCGAGAAAGCUCUAGAGGAGUAUAAAAAGAGCGAAAGUCUAUUGGCUGAAGAGGUCGAGAAGUUGACAGGUGAGCUGAACGCAUCACGAGAAGAGUGUGCUGAGCGUGCUGCGACUCUUCUAAAAAUGGAGACUCGUGUUAAAGAAGCAGAGAAACGUCUGGCCAUCAUGGUGCCAGGAGAGAAGUUCGACAACAUGAAGAACCUUUUGACUAAUGCGGUGGACGAAAAGGAGAGGCAGCUGGUGGAGCUGCGGGAGGACUACGAUCGUGUUCUGGAAGAGGUCUCUGAACUCCACAGGGAGGUGGACCACAGGGACACUGUCCCACUUCAGGAACACGAGAGACUCAGGGUGGCUCUAGAGGAACAGAGCGAUAUCCUGAAGAAAAAGCUAGCAGACGUCACUUCUAAAUGUCAGUCCCUGAUCUGUGAAGUUGAGGAUGCUGAAGAUGAGAAGGAGCUGCUUCGAGAAGAGCUGCAGGAACUCAGCAAAAAUAUCAAGACACAGUUUGUUCCUGUUGAGACCCAUGAGGAAUUGAAGAAGACGUUGAGUCUUGCUUUGGAGGAGCUUAAGGACCAGCUUGAUGAGGCAACCGGUAGAAGAAAUCAUGCUGAGGAUCAGUUGAAAAGGCUCCAAGAAGAGAAAUCCUCUCUGACUGAAAACAUUAGCAUCCUCAAGAGCACACACACACCCAACGAAAGGUACGAAAGUGAGAUGGCUGCACUUUUGGCCCAUAAAGCAGGGAUGGAAAAGGAUCUAGAGAAUCUCCAAAAGAAGUACAAAGAUAAAGAGAAGGAGCUUGAGGUUGUGGUUGCUGAGAACAUUGCUCUGAAACAGAGCUUGGAGGGACAGUUUGUUAAAAGGGAAGUGUAUGAGAGAGUGCAGAAAGAGUUACAAGAAGCUUUGGAGAACGCAAAGACAGAAAUUCACAAAUUGGAGGAAGAUGGAAAAGUUAAAGAAGACGAGUUGAAGAAAGUGAAAGAGGGAAGUGUUAUGUUAAAAGAAAAUUUGCAGGAGAAAUUGGAAAAGGAUUAUAUUAGCAUUGUUGACCAUGAGGCAAUGAAAAGCCAGUUAAACAGGGCUUUAGCUGAAGCAGAAAGUAGUGCUAAAGAGGCCUUCUCCAAAUACAAGGAUAUUCAAGAAAGUACUUUAAAACUUCACAAGGAAAUUGAAGACCAGAAGAAAGAGCUGGACACUAUUCAUGAAGCCAUUCAAUCUAAAUUUGUGCCAGCGAGUACCCUGGAGGAAAAAGAAAAGGCCUUCAAUACCACUGUGAAGGAUCUAAGAGAGCAAUUAGCAAAAAUGGAAGAGAAAUACAAAAGUGCAAAGAGUAAUGUGGACCACGAGAGACGUGACAAAGAAACAGUGAAGUUAGAGAUGGAAACCGUGCAGAGGAAACUGGAGGCGAACUUGGUGUCAAGUGAAAAAUGCAGAGAAAUAGAAGAAGGCUAUAAAGGCCAGAUGGAGAACUUGACUCUAAAGUUAGUGGAACUGGAACAGCAGUAUAUGGAGGUAACUGUUCAGAGAGCUGAACUAGAGGAGCAGAACUCACUCUGCAAUGCUGAAAUAAAGAAUCUUCAACAGAGUCUAGAAAAUGAAUAUGUUCACCUGGAGCAGUUUGAAGCCAUGAGAAACUCCCUGACCUGCAGUUUGCAGGAGGCACAGACUGAGUGCAAGGCCCUCACAGAGACCUACAAUUUGGAGGUCCAGCGCAUUCACAAACUGGAGAAAGAGCUACAGAGCCACAUUACUGAUGCUGACCUACUGACUCAACACAGCCAUGCCAAAGAGAACCUGGAGAGAGAAGUGGUCAAGCUCCGUAUGGCCCUGAGGCAAGAAGAGGAGAUUAGUUCCCAGAGGGCUGAGGAUGUAGCUACUCUUCAGACAGAGCUCCUCAGAGCAACGCAUGCCUUGGAUGAACUUCGCAGCCAUGAAGGUCAGCUGGUCGAGCUCAAAGCUGAGAAGCAGAGGCUAGAGGAAGAGGUAGGGGAGCUCAGUGAUCGACUCUUGGGUCUAGAAGAGCAGUGCGAUGAACUAUACCAGGAAGCAGCAAAGGCCAAAGAAGCCGAAAAUAGAGCAAAGAUGGAGACUGAAGCCCUGCAGACCAAGAGCACCUCAAUUGAGAGAGAGAUCCAAGAUCUCAAAGAGAGAUACGAUGACUCACUGAGCACCAUCGGAGACCUCCAGAAAAGGAUUCAGGCGUCCUCUGAGCAGACCGAGGCCAAAGACAAAAGGAUCACAGAGCUGUUGGCAGAUGUGGAGAGGUUGAAACAGGCUCUCAAUGGUUUAUCCCAGCUGGCUUACACUGGCAACACUCCCAACAAGAGACACGCUCAACACAUUGACACACUCCAGGCACAGGUCAAGAGCCUCCAGCAGCAGCUGGCUGAUGCUGAGAGGCAACACAGAGAGGUGGUUUCAAUUUAUCGAACUCAUCUUCUCAGUGCUGCACAGGGUCACAUGGAUGAAGAUGUACAGGCAGCGUUGCUGCAGAUUAUCCGAAUGAGGCAGCAGUUUGUGUGUUAAACCCGGCAUCGAGACGUUUUCUGACUCGUAUCCACUGAAGGUGUGCAGUUAGACGACAGGAUCAGCCAAAAAGCCGAAAAAGAUAUUAGAAACGUCACAAAUCACAGAUCGGCAUAAGCAGCAGAUGCCUUUUAAGCUACUAAUCUCGUUUCCCUUGUCAUUCGGUUAGGUUUUUCUAAUUUUAACCUAUUUAUUUUCCUUGAAAAUCUGCAGUGUACCUAUAAAUUAUACCCCUAAAAGCUCAUCAAAGGUACAUCAGUGAUCCUUAACAAGCUUAUAAUUUAAUGCAUUUUAAGGCUGUGAUCAAUUCACUUGCCUUAGAUGUCAAAGUUAGACGAUUUGGAAUGAAGAGAAUAAUCUGUAUGAGAUGUCGAGGAAGAAUAAUGGAGUGGUUUUAUCCCCCCCCCCCCCCCCCCAAGCUGCAGUGCAUUGUGGGAUUUCCUUUUUUUACACUAAGCAUUCAGAUUAAUAAAACUAUCAACUUCUCUUCUAUACACAUAAAUAGGAAAGCUACAAUUUUAGUUAACUUCAGAUAAGACAGGUCAGGGAGCAGGACUCCUGCACUUUUUUUUUUUUUU